GAAGAGGAGGAGGAGGGAAACAACAGGAACACCAGAGAAGAGUUCCUCGGGGAAGCCCGUGAGAAACCCCAGCCAUGUUUGUGGAGCAGAGAGGGAGGACAACUGAGGAGCCAGUGUGACCUUUGAGGAUGACUUCUCCACGUCCCUCUGAGUCUGCAGCUGAUGUGGCUCCAGGCAAAGAGGAAGAUGAGGAUGAAGAGGAGCAGGGGGAGGAGUUUGAGUUUGAUGACAGCGAUGACAGGGGCCCUCCUGAGAGGCAGAGGGACUGGCCCUCAGGCCACAGCGCCUCACUGCUACACUGCUCAGGAGACAUGGCGGUCAGGAAGUCACCAGAGGGAUGUUCCACCUCCUCGGAUGUGGCAGCGACAGGAGAGCCGGAGAAUUUCUGGAAAGCAAACAGUGUUUAUGAAGGAAAGUCUUCUAUAAUGACAGGAGGGGGUAAUGAGGACGCUGCUGAGGAACAGGUGUUGUCUUCAGCCAAUCCUCACACUGAGCACCACACUGCAGGGGGCCGCCCCCCCCACAGUGUGCUCAGACACCCACAGGCCAUCUAUGAUGAUGUGCCUGCUGAACAUAAACAGCACCCAGUGGGAGAUGUUGAUGACAUCUACGAGGACAUCCAGAGAACGGAUCAGUGCGGCUCCAGCGGCUGGAGCUCCAGUGAAUUUGAGAGUUAUGAUGAGCUUUCAGACAGCGAGGCUGCUCCGGCACACAGCAGCAAGCUGACUGCUGAUGUGCAGAGGCUGAAGGAGACCCGUGGUUCCACCAAGAGGGAGGGAGGGGGGCGUCUCAGUACUCCUCAAGUUGCCCACACCAGACAGAGCUGUGACACUAAGGUGCAGCAGCUGAUGAAAGCAGCGAAAAAUGGUACCAUGGACGGGUUAGAGAAGACAAAGUUAGCCAUGUUUCGUAAAGUGUCCUUCCUGCAGAGAAAAGAUUCCACAGGCGAGGGAAAGGAUGAUGCAGGUUACGUAGAUGUGUCUGUGUGUGAGAUAAAGCACCCCCCAGCACAGCUGUCCCCCACGCCAGAGGGACUCAGCAGUCAGCAGGUUGUCAGACGUCUCAUCCUCAGCUCCAUCGUCCAGAGUGAGUGCAGCUACCUGGACUCUCUGAAGAGAAUUCUACAGGAGUACCAGCAGCCUUUGUUGGAGCCACAGAACUUGGUCCUAAACCCCAAGAAGGUUCGUCAAAUCUUUUACCGUCUGCAGGAGAUCCAUCAGUGCCACUCCAUGUUCCAAAUUGCCCUGGCAUCCCGAGUGGCCGAGUGGGAUCACAGCGAGAAGAUCGGAGACCUGUUCGUGGCCUCGUUUUCCAAGUCCAUGGUGCUGAACGUGUACAGUGAGUACAUCAACAACUUAACCAACGCCAUGGCUCUCAUCAAGAAGGCCUGCAUGUCUAAACCUUCUUUCCUGGACUUCCUGAAGAAGAAGCAGGCCUCCAGUCCAGACAGGAUCACUCUGUACGGCCUGAUGGUCCGACCCAUCCAGCGCUUCCCUCAGUUCAUCCUGCUGCUGCAGGACAUGUUGAAGAACACCCCCCAGUGGCACGUGGACCGGCUACCGCUGCAGCUGGCUCUCACCGAGCUGGAGACUCUGGCCGAGAAGCUGAACGAGCAGAAGCGCCUGUCUGAGCAGGAGGCGGAGCUCCAGCUGCUCGCUCACAGCGGGGGCGACCGCACCCUCAGCAAGCUGCUGCGGGCAGGGGGGAGGCAGCUGCUGCACUGCGAACUGCUCACUGAGAGGGUGUACGGAGACAAAGGGCAAGUCCUCAAGUCCAAAGAGAGGAAGCUGUUCCUGCUCAACGACACCCUGAUCUGUGCCAACCUCAACCUGAAGGGGCCCUCGGACAUCAGCAGCCUGGUUCCUGUUGGUCCUAAAUACACGGUGAAGUGGUGCUGUCCCCUGCUGCACACCCAGGUGGUGGAGGUGGGACAGGACAGUGUCCUCACAGCCAGAUGCCCCAGCUCCGGCUCCAGCUACAUGGGGAAAGUGUUCCUGGGCCCCCCCCGACUGUACCAGGAGCUGGAGCAGCUGCAGCACGACCUGGCUGUGGUGGAGGAGGUGUCCCUGCUGGUGGCUACGCUCCAUGGACCCUACCAGAAUCUCAACAGCCUGGUGUCUCAGGACUGGAGUCUGGCUCUGCAGAGGCUGGUGCGUCUGAAGGAGGAGGAGAUCCAGAACGCCAACAGGUGCCGCCUGCGGCUGUCUGUCCCCGGGAAGCCUGACAGGUGUGGUCGUCCAGUGAGCAUCAUUCUGGUCUUCAACACCCCCAGCCCCCUCAGUAAGAUCUCUUGGGUCAACCGGAUGCACCUCGCCAAGAUAGCUCAGAGACAGGAGAACACUCCGGGCUGGGAAUGUGAUGAAGAAGAUGGGAAGACGAAGGCUGCAUUCAGCUGUCCACUGCUGACCUGCAGACUUCCUGUCUUCUCCUCCAGAACACACACACUGAAGGCAGCUCUCCACAGCCCGGCUCGGUGCAGCCUGCUGGGCUCCUGCUCCUCCAGCACCUCCUUACCUCAGGGUUACCUCUGGGUUGCGGGUGGAGGAGGCGGCUUGGACCACGGCCAGGUGGAGAUCUUCUCCCUGAACCGCGCGUCUCCUCGCCUGGUUAAGAGCGUCCCGCUGAUGUCCCCGGUCCUCUGCCUGGAGUACGUGAAGGAGCCAUGUCCCAGCCCAGAGGAGGCCCCCACUGCAGCCGCCACAGAGAACAUCAUCUGUGUGGGGGCCCCCCCUGCAGCCGCCACAGAGAACAUCAUCUGUGUGGGGGCCCCCCCUGCAGCCCCCACAGAGAACAUCAUCUGUGUGGGCCUACAGGACGGCAGCGUCUCUGUGUACAGCAGCGUGGACACAGCGGUGCAGUGGCUGCUGACCUUAAUCACCCCAGACCGCAGUCCCGUCCUCUGCCUCACACACACGCCGGAUCUCCUCCUCGCCGGACUGGCUAAUGGCAGGGUGGCAGUGUACCGCAGGAACCGGGGGGAGAGACUGUGGGAUGUGGACUCGUGCCGGCUGCUGUCUCUGGGCGGCCCCCCCGUCUGCACCCUGCUCACACUGGAAGACACGGUUUGGGCCAGCUGUGCCAACCAGGUCUCCGUGAUCCAGGGAACCAGCCUCCACACACAGAGUUUCAGAGCCCAUUCUGAUCCAGGACGCAGUGUUAGCCAUAUGACUCGCUCAGGCGGGGGGGUGUGGAUGGCCUUCACCCAGGGAUCCUCUAUCCACCUGUUUCACACAGAGACCCUGGAACAUCUACAGGAAGUCAACAUCUCCACCCGCACCGCCCAUCUGACAACAGGUGAAAUGUGUGUCUCCAGCUUGCUGAUCUGCCAGGGCCUGCUGUGGGUGGGGACAAGUCAGGGUGUCAUCCUCACCUUCCCUGUGCCCACCCUGGAGGGCAUCCCCAAGAUCACAGGUAAGGGGAUGAUGUCUCUGAACGCUCACUGUGGUCCGGUGGACGUCCUGGUGGCUACGUCCAGCACUCUGGCCUCCGACCUGCUCAGGCGGAACUCCAUCCUUAACGGUUGCGAGGAGGGUGUCAACGGAGAAGGGGGGCAGAGGUUGGAUCAGGGCAGCUCUUCCAAGGACGCAGAAGCUCCUUCACCCAGGGAGAAGCCCAGCCUCCUACUGCAGUACCGCCUCCACUCCACCCGACAGCUGCCCGGCAGGCUGCUGACAGCACAGCCCGACCAGGGGAACCCCCAGCCCCUCCCAGACUCCCCAGAGCACAGCCCAGAGGAUGGCUCUAUCUAUGAGGUUAGUGAGGACCCUGAUGUGUGGGUGAGGGGGCGGCCCAUGGAGCGGGGGAAGGAGGGGGAGGCCAGGCGCGGCAAAGUCACCUCCACAGCCGUCUUCUCCGGGGGCAGAGGAUCCCGCAGGAUGGGACCUGGGGCCCCCCCCUGCUCAGACACUGAGAACACUCUGCUGCUGUGGCAGCUCCCGCUCACUCUCGGCCAAUGAAAGAGCACACCCAGUCACAAAGUCAUUAAAACUAGCUGCACCUUUACCAGCUUUGAUAACACUUUAAUGAUCAAUAAUUAUAAAACAUAUCAUAUAUAUUAUUCUGAAAUGGACCAAUCUGCACAAUGACUACUUUUAUUCUACUGUAUUACUAUAUUCUGAAGCUAAUACAGUGCAGGACUUUUACUGCAACAGAGUAUUCCUACACUCUGGUACUUCUACUUUUACUUAAGUAGAAGAUCUGAAUACUUCUAAAACCUCUGGUGUGCAGCUACCUGAGGUCUUUGAUGAUUUUGUUGACUUGCAGCACAAUCCCUGAACUAUGGCAGGCAGACACAUUGAGCUUGUCUGGGGCUGUAUUGUGUACGUUUCUUUUGACGUAACGGAGAGACCGGAGCGGCUUCGCGCUCGGGCUGCGGCCUGCUUUACACCUGCUGUAGCGGAGGCCUGUAUCCACCUGCUCCACCUGUCGUGCUCUACGGUGCCGAGGAGGUUUUACCACGGGGAUAUCGCGGAGAGACCGGAGCGCCUCUACGUUUCGGGCUGGACCUGCUUCGCCUAUCCUGUACUGCUGUGCUGAGGAGGAUCUUCACCGGGGACAUCGCGGAGAGACCGGAGCGCCUCUACGCCUCGAGCUGGGCCUGCUUCGCCUAUCCUGCUGUGCUGAGGAGGUUUUGCACCGGGGUCAUCACGGAGAGACCGGAGCGCCUCCACGUUUCGGGCCUGCUUGCGCACCUAUCCGGAUGCUGUGCUGGUCUGGGAAAAUGGCCCCUAUUGUGAUUCUGCUAUGCCUGUUAGCUAUUUUGGACAAUGAGAAGUUCUCUCGUCAUCCGGAGAAGUCGACUGGGUUCAGGUCUGUUCUACCGCCCGCAGUGGACAUCCCCUGUAAAGGUUCGGAUGUCUUACACAAACAUUUACCGGUCACCUUGUCGCAGACAAUCUGCUCGACAAAAUAUGUUUGUCUUUUUUGUUUGCCUGCGAUGAUGGUUCUUCAGGACUGCUUCUUAAGCUCUAA